CAGAUUCCAAUCCGGGACGCGGAGAGGCUGAACGGCUGCAUGUCUUGACUAUUGGGUGCGGCGCAGGUCCCCUCGGGCUUGGUAGGCGUCUUGUCUUCCAUCCCUCCCAUAAUCAAAGGGUCAGCCCGCCUCCAUUACUUGCGUCGAGCACCGCAGCUGACGCUUUGUUUGCCCUUUGGCUUGUUUCCAUAUCACGCAGUCUGAGAAUACGCCGUAGCAUCUUUCGAUCCCCUCGCGGCGGAUGCGGUUUCAAUGCAGCGGCUUUUCAAGACCAACAAGUCGCAGGCCUCCAUAGAAGACCCUCAGACACACCCUGAUCCACAUCCCCAUCAGCAGCAACCGCAACACCCCCAGCCUCAGCAUCUGGGACGUCAACAACCCUACUUCGACCCCCAGCAGCAGCAGCAGCAGCACCAACUCUAUCCCCAACAGCCUUCACAACAGCAUCCAUUGACCGAUCUUCAUUAUCAGGGGCAAGCCUCAGAUUCCCUGCCACAACCUCAGCCUCCAGCGGCCCCUCCCCACUUGGGACGCACUCAAAGUGGUCGCAGUUCAUCCAUCCCGGACGUGUAUGGAGGAAGCCAAAGGCCGCAAGUGAACAUUGUGCCUCCGCUGUCCCAGCAACACGCCUUCAUCCCCGAAGGCCCUGCUCCCGUUCCGGGACAGACAACAUUUGGCCAGUCGAGGCAGGUUCGGACCAUUGAGGAUAAAGAGCACAAGCGAUCGAAGCGCAGUUUCAUCACAAGCCUGAUCAAAGACAAGAGCAAGGACGAAGACAAACACAGAGAGAAGGAGAAAGAAAACGGCCCUCCUGAGCGCAAACCACUUGGACGAUCAAGCUCGGUACAUCUUUUGAGGAAGUCGCACCCUCCUGACCACCCAUCCCGCGACUCAUAUUCAACCCAGACCUCGCCACAGUCUCAGCAUCCGUCCAGACAUUCGACAUAUUACCCUCCUGCACCACCAACAGACGCAUCGACCGCGCCCACAGAUCAGGCUGCGGAUCAAGCUCAAUACGAGCAAUACCAGAGAGGUCAAGGCCAGUUUGACUCUCCACAAAGCCAAUUAACCCAUCAGUCCGUCGACUACGCUGAAGACGCUCCGCACUUCAGUCCGCAACACGAGCAAUACCACGCAUAUCACCAAAGCGAGUCCGCCAGUACCUCGGAACAUUACCUGCCGUAUCAGCCUCAGCAAGCUCGUCCCAACAACGUAGAGUCUGACCCAUAUCAACACCUUAGACCACCGUCACAAGCAUCUCUCGGGCCUCCUUCUCCCAUCAACACCCCAGCCCACCCCCUCGUUGCUCAAGACUCUCGUCCCUCCACGGCUGCAACCAAUCGUUAUUCCUCACAGUCAGCGUCUCAAACCCAACAGCCACUUCAGACUGCCAUGGCAAGAGGCGACCCACCCAACGGGAGCAUUCGCCAACAGUUAUCCCAGCGAGAAGCUCGGUCCGAGGAUCAGAAUCAAUAUCAAAACCAAAGUCAAGCCGAUCCAAGGGUGAGAAUGUCUCAACAAGCAGCUUCUGAGCAAGGUAGAAGUACACCUCCGCCGAGAAGCCGCGAAGACAUUAGCCAAUUAGACUAUAACCAACUUCUGCAGCGUCACGAGGAGUUACAGGCGAAAUAUUCCAAGGUCAAACGAUACUACUUUGAGCGGGAGGCUCAAGUAACGCAGCUGCAGAAUACUGUGGCGAACCAGCGUCUUUCCAUGUCCAAAACAUCGCUAGAUGAUGCUCAAUAUACGGCGAGAUUUGAACGCUUGAGCCAGGCGAUCAACAACCUUUCCUUCAACAUUCGCAAGAACUGGCGGGCCAUUCCACCGUGGCUGCGACAUGUCUGCAACCAGGAUGCCCACACUGUCGGCACGAAAGAAAUGACCGCCAUCGGACGAGCUUGUAUUACUCGAUGGCUAUACGAAAGUAUCUUUCAGCACACGUUUCACCCAGGUAUUGAACCAUCAUUGUCUGCACAAUUAAAACACAUCGAACAUAACUUGCGUCGUGGAGGGCAUGCUGGCAGUCUCUUGACUGAUGAGCAGCGGGACGAUUUGACGACCAAAAUCACGACCUGGCGACUCACAACCAUUGAAGGUCUACAGGAUGUGCUCAAUUCGCCACAAGCGGAACACUACACCGAGACGAUGAACAAGCAUUAUACUCAUCAGCUCACCGAAUCACUGAAAGCAAACCUGACGGAUCCUCCGCCACCCGGGCUUGUCGAGGGGGUUGGCAUGAUUGUGGGGCAAGCCAUCGGCAUUGCGUCCAAUAUUCCGCUGGAGUCGCGCGAGAUCUGUAUCGAGUAUUUCAUGCCGGGCACCCCUUUGAAUGAGACAUACAUGAAAAUCGAACCGCAAAUCGUUGCUUUAACCAACCCUGGCCCAGACGAACGCGUACUCCAACAACAAGCAGCUCAAGCGAAGGCGCAAGAGCAGGCACGAGCACAGGAGGAGGGCGAUCAGAUGAGCACGGCUAGCACAGACGACGGACCGCGAGACCGUGACGUAGAGGCGGAAAUUCGUGAAGCUGCCGGCAAAGCUGCAUCGCAAGCAGCCCAGCCACCGGGCGCUGGAGGCCAACAGGGACGAAACGAAAGCGGGACGAGCACCAGCAGCCAGGCGACCAUUAAGGGCUCCAGCGAGAAGCAUUCGAAGAAAUCCAGUUUCCUGGGAGGAUUCGUCAACAAAAAGCCCUCCAUCUCGGCGCGCGGUGAGAGCCGCUCCGAAGGGAAUGCCUCUGCGGGAAACGAAGGCGACGACCAACGUGGACAUGUCCGGAACAGUAUGGCAGUUGAUCCGGCCCAACUGGCCCCCCAACCUGGAGCGAACGACGGCCGGAUCAGGUUUGCGGCUUUCGUGGCGGUCGAGGUCAGAGGGAAGGGACCGACAUCUGGUGCGUCGGGAGGUGGUGCGAACAGUGGGAAAGAGCCUGGAUCUGCUGCUGCAGGAGGAGUCUCGCAGUCUGCGGUCAACGUGCUGUUCAAGGCACCAGUCUAUGAGUUCUAGGAUCUUCCCUUCGAGCUCCGUGCGGACAUGGUAGACUUGGGGACGGGCUGUGUGCAGAAGCGAGAGCAAGGACCUGGAGCCGGGAGCGAAGAGAGACACCCCUUUCCUUUUGUUGUACUUGCAAUCUUUCCCUUUUGGAUUAUGCAGCGUCUGCAUUUUCAUAUACAAUUCUGUUUGUCAGUUGUUGAGCGAAAAAGACAAGAAGAGGACGAUGUGGGAUUAUUAUAUUGGCACCCAAAAUCUAUAGCCAUGUAGGGACAGAACUUGGAUCCCUGGAUUUCUGGACUUCUCGACUCCUGGACUCUGGUAGCAACGCUUCACUUCAUCAUUCGCUUGGGCAGAAGCAGAAGCUGAGCCAAGCGGACGAGGAGGGAGCGGCGUAGGAUUUCCGUGGCUGCUG